AUGCUGAGAUUUUCAUCACUUUUCCUAGCUGGAGCUCUCUAUACAACUGUCACUCAAGCACGAUAUGUUUUUUACUAUGAUCAAUACCAUACAAAUAUUCCCAACAAUACUGUCAAUGCUGGGAUUGAUCAUGUGAUUACAGCGUUUGCCAAUUCGUCCCUAUUUACGACUUCCCCAGCUGGGGAGUACGUUCCGUUUGAGAAUAUUUCAAGCGUACGCUCUCAUUUUGACAAUAACACCAAAGUUCUCAUCGCCAUUGGGGGCUGGGCCGAUAAUACAGGCUUUAGUGUUGGUGUUGCAACGGAACCGUCUCGCAAGUUGUUUGCCAGUAAUGUUGCUGCUUUGCUCGAAAAAUUUGGCUUCGACGGUGUCAACAUGGAUUGGGAAUAUCCAGGUGGCAACGGUGCCGACUAUCGUCAGAAACCUAACUCAGAAAAGAAAUCAGAAAUUGACACCUACCCAAUGUUACUGGCGGAAAUUCGAGCUGCGAUUGGACCCAACAUGCUCCUAACUAUCGCAACGCCCGGUAAGGUUGUCGAUAUGAUUGCUUAUACGCCUGAAAAAGCUCCAUCGAUCUGGAAGUCUGUUGAUUGGGUUAACGUAAUGACUUAUGACCUCAUGAAUCGCCGGGACAAUGUUACCAAGCACCAUACAGAUAUUAAGUCAUCCUUAGAAGUUGUUGAUCACUAUAUCAAUACCCUAUCUUUAGAUCCAGCAAAGAUAAAUCUCGGAUUUGCCAUGUAUGCUAAGUGGUUCACUCUAGAUCCAAGCAAACCAUGUGAAAAUGGCCUUAAUUGCACGACAGUCAUGUCUGAAGACGCAAAUGGCCUGGAUACUGGAAAGAGUGGUGCAACGACGUUUGAGGCGAGUAAUUACGCCAAACCUAUGGGAAACAUGACUGCGUCCGUAAACGGUGCUUGUGGCCCGACAACAUCUACUUUCUGUGCCCCGGGUAUGUGCUGUUCGUCGGCUGGAUUUUGUGGAAAUACAGAUGAAUAUUGUAAGAAUUGUCUCGGAUCAGCCUACGGCUCAGGCUGCAAUGAAAUUCCUAUUUCAGCCCACUUUCAGAUGGCAGUACGCGAUGGUCUCAAGGACGAACAAGCAGGCGGUGCCUAUUACUAUGAUCAGGCUAACCACCUUUUUUGGACGUUCGACACGCCUGAGCUAAUGGCGCGUAAGUUUACCGAAAUUGUAGAUGCACGUAAGCUAGGUGGUGUAAUGGCCUGGAGCCUGGGAGAAGAUUCCCAUGACUUCAGUCACGUUCUAGCUCUCCAAAAAGAAACUGCGGCAAGAAAGAAUAGCAGCACUAGCGCUAAUACUACUAUUAAUGCUCAACACAACUGGAAAACAGCGAACUUUCGUACUACCCGCCUUAUCAAGCGAAUCUCUUGA